CAACAUCCGGGUCUCUUCCCGCCCUCUGUGUGUUGUCAUGGAGAUGGGAUGGCGGCCUUCAAACCCCCAGGGAUGCUCGGCGAGCAAACCUGGAAACUGUUCACUAGUCCCAGCUCUUUCCAACUGCCAGUCUCCCCUCAGGCCAAGGAGAUCAUUCCAGAAGUGGCGUGAGGUCCUCAGUGUCGCUGGAAGGGCGGGCAAAGAUGCUCACUCACCCACUUCCGGAUUUCUGCAUUAGUAGCGACCAGCCAAUCAAGGUCCCGCUCCUUUUCCCGCGUCUCGCAGGUUGCCAUGGUGACGCAGAGGGCGCAUCCACGCGUCCGGAGGAGCUGGUCAGGUUUUCGGGUACCUCUGUUCCCUCUGUCCAGGCUGCGGCAGAGUGCCCGGGACGCGGGUCCCCUACCAUCGUGCAGGAGCUGGCGAUGCUGUUUUACCAUAUAUGAGCAAUCGACCCAGACAUGGAAAACUUUGUCCUGUACGAGGAGAUUGGCAGAGGAAGCAGGACCGUCGUGUACAAGGGCCGUCGGAAGGGAACCAUCAAUUUCGUGGCCAUUCUUUGUACUGAAAAGUGCAAACGGCCUGAAAUAACCAACUGGGUCCGUCUCACCCAUGAAAUCAAACACAAGAACAUUGUAACUUUUCAUGAGUGGUAUGAGACCAGCAAUCACCUCUGGGUGGUGGUGGAGCUGUGCACAGGUGGUUCUUUAGAAACCGUGAUCGCUCAGGACAAGAACCUCCCGGAAGAUGUGGUGAGAGAGUUUGGGGUGGACCUGGUCACUGGCUUGUACCAUCUGCACAGGCUCGGCAUCCUCUUCUGUGACCUCUCUCCUGGAAAGAUUCUCCUGGAAGGGCCUGGGACACUGAAGCUCAGCAAUCUCUGCCUGGCAAAAGUGGAAGGGGAGAGUCUGGAGGAGUUCUUUGCUUUGGUGGCAGCAGAAGAAGGAAGUGGGGACAGUGGAGAAAACACGCUGAAGAAAAGCAUGAAAAACCGAGUCAGAGGCUCUCCGGUAUAUGCGGCUCCGGAAAUCCUGAAGGGGGCUGACUUCUCCGUCGGCAGUGACCUCUGGUCUCUGGGCUGUCUGUUUUAUGAGAUGUUUUCAGGGACUCCCCCCUUCUUCUCAGACUCAGUGUCAGAGCUGAUGGAGAAGAUUCUGUAUGAAGACCCGUUGCCACCGGUCCCAAAAGAUUCUUCCUUCCCCAAAGCAUCGUCAGAGCUCAUUAACUUGCUGGACGGACUACUGCAGAAGGAUCCCCAGAAAAGGCUGUCGUGGGAGGAAGUCCUGCAGCACCCCUUCUGGAAGGAUGCGCUGCAGAGGGAAGAUGCCGAUGUGGGCUCCGAGGACUGCAGCUCCAGCAGCAGAAACGCCAUGGAAUGUUCUGGAGCUCACGACCCCACCAGGGAGCUUGUGCAGAGCCCUCAGAGUGCACAGAAAGGGCAGAAGGGGGCGCCUCGGCUCAGCCAGUCCUUCCGGCUAGACAACCCGAGUGAGCUUCGGCCCAAGACCACCGUGGGGGGCCAGCUGAACGAGUCCAUAUUUCUUCUCAGCUCACGGCCCACUCCGAGGACAAGUGCCAUGGUGGAAUUAAGUCCUGGAGAGGGGGAGGACCCCAGCUCACCACAGAAGACCUCUCCUUUCCCCAAGCUGCCGAUCGGGCAACUGAGCCAGGGGGCGCUGGCCUCCCAGAUGAGGGAGCUGAUCUACACGGACUCCGACCUGGUGGUCACCCCGAUUCUCGACAACCCCAAGAUAAUGAAACAACCUGCAAUCAAGUUUGAUCCAAAGAUCUUGCACCUGCCGGCAUAUUCUGUGGACAAGCUGUUGGCUCUGAAGGAGCAGGACUGGAACGAUUUUCUGCAGCAGGUCUGCUCCCAGAUCGACUCCAGCGAGAAGAGCACCGGGGCGUCGCGGGCCAAGCUCAACCUCCUGUGCUAUCUGUGCGUGGUGGCCACGCACAGGGAGCUGGCCACCAGGCUGCUGCAUUCCCCGCUGUUCCAGUUGCUUAUCCAGCACUUGCGAAUAGCUCCUAACUGGGACAUACGGUCCAAGGUGGCUCGGGUGGUCGGCGUGCUGGCCUCGCACACAGCAGACCUUCAGGAGAAUGUGCCCGUAAUUGAGGCCAUCACGCUCCUGACUGAACUGAUCCGAGAGAACUUCAGGAGUGCCAAGCUGAAGCAGUGCCUCCUCCCCACCCUCGGGCAGCUUCUCUACCUCGUAGCCACCCAGGAAGAAAGAAAACAGCACUCCAGGGAAUGCUGGCCGGUGCCCCUGGCAGCAUACACCGUGCUCAUGAGGUGCCUCCGGGAAGGGGAGGAGCGCGUUGUCAAUCACAUGGCUGCAAAGAUUGUUGAGAAUGUCUGCACGACGUUUUCUGCCCCGGCGCAGGGCUUCAUCACCGGGGAGAUCGGGCCUGUCCUGUGGCACCUCUUCAGACACUCCACCGUGGACUCCCUGCGGAUCACAGCAAUAUCCGCCCUAUGCAGGAUCACGCGCCAGUCUCCUGCCAUCUUUCAGAACGUCAUCGAGAAGGUGGGGCUCAAUGCUGUCAUCAGCGCCCUGGCCUCCUCCAUCUGCAAAGUGCAGCAGUACAUGCUGACACUCUUCACGGCCAUGCUGUCCUGCGGGAUCCAUCUUCAGCGGCUGAUCCAAGAGAAGGACUUCGUGUCCACAGUCAUCCGCUUACUUGACAGUCCGUCCUCUCCCAUCAGAGCCAAGGCCUUCCUGGUGCUGCUGUACAUCCUGAUUCAUAACCGUGACAUGCUGCUGCUCAGCUGCCAAGCAAGGCUGGUGAUGUACAUCGAGAGGGACAGCAGGAAGACCUCCCCGGGCAAGGAGCUGCAGGGCGGGAGCGAGUACCUGGCCAGAUGCCUGGACCUCCUCAUCCAGCACAUGGUGCAGGAGCCUCCGAGGAUCCUAGGCGACAUCCUCAAUGCCCUGGCAAAUGUGUCUGGCCGGAAGCACCCGUCCACAGUCCAGGGAAAGCAGCUGAAGAUGUGCCUCCCCAUGAUGCCUGUGGUGCUCCACCUGGUCAUGUCUCAGGUGUUCCGGCCUCAGGUGGUGACAGAGGAGUUUCUGUUCAGCUACGGGACUAUUCUGGGUCACAUCAACUCAGUGGACCUGGGAGAAACGAACAUCGACGGAGCCGUAGGCAUGGCGGCCUCCGAGGAGUUCAUCAAGAUCACGCUGUCAGCGUUCGAGGCUGUGAUCCAGUACCCGGUUCUGCUGGCCGCCUACCGCUCCACGGUCGUUGAUUACAUCCUGCCACCCCUAGUCUCCUUGGUGCAAAGCCAGAAUGUGGAGUGGAGGCUCUUCAGCCUGCGGCUGCUCUCGGAGACCACAACCCUGCUGGUGAGCCAGGAGCCGGAGGACGGCGGCCAGCCUCGCUGCGAUUCUGACAGCAGCCUCCUGGUGCUCAUCAGGGACGAGCUGCUCCCCCAGUACGGGCGCAUCCUCAUGGAGCCUGACCCAGUCCCCGCCUACGCGCUGAAGCUGCUUGUCGCCAUGACAGAACACAACCCUGCUUUCACCAGGCUUGUGGAAGAAAGCAAAGUGAUCCUGCUCAUAUUUGAAGUAAUUCUGGAGCACCAGGAGAGCAUUCUGGGAAACACCAUGCAGAGCGUGAUUGCCUUACUCAACAAUCUGGUUGCCUACAAAGACUCAAACAUGCAGCUGCUCUACGAGCAAGGGGCCUGGACCUCCUCGCACUUGUCAGUGGAAGAGUGGGGAAGGGAAAACAAGCCUCGUGCAGGCGGCAGUUACUGCGGUUGCUACAGGAUUCAGCAGGCGGGACAUUAAAGCGGAGAUGGUUAUUAAUGGGAUUAAAACAGCCAUAAAAGUUUAUGGAGGCAUUUAAUAACUCCUCCACACACCGUGAAGCGAGGCUCAUCCUCCCCUUCGUGGGUGAAGUGUGCUAUCUGUCUCGGGGUCCACCGCUCUGACUUUUGGCUGAAUGUCAAGAGAACGUAGACUGAAGAUUUCUUCGUCUGUGUUUUAUUAUUCAAACCCUGCGGAUCCCGAAUGCUUCAGAGCUGGGGCUGCAGAGAGCCGUGAUCCAGAGGAGCGUUUUGAUAGAGUUGACCACGGGCCCCUCCGCUUGCAGAGGUGGGACCGGGGACUGGCAGGCCAUGCAGCCUUGGCACCCGAGCGCUGAACUGUGGGCAGAACUGGGGUCUUCUCUCACCUGUCUCAAUUUCCCCCAAAGAGCCGAGCGCACGAGGGCGGCUGCCCUCCACCCCAAGAACACAGCCCCAUAACUUGGUGUCUCUGGAGAGGUGUGUAGUCUCCCUCCAGUGCUCCCCUCCCGCCCCACUCUGCCUUUCCUGGAAGGUUACCUUUCCUGUGCAAAGCUUGUUCGCACUGGCUUUGUGUCCUUCACUUCUAUUGAACAAACCACUUGUUUGUUUUUGAAUCAUUGUAGUGUGUGUGUGUCCAUGUCUGUGUGAAUGCACGUGUGGAGGUCAGAGGGCAAGCUCGGUGUGCUCGCCACUUCCCAGCUCUUGUUACUCCCACUGUGAAUGCCAGGCUAGCCUGUCCUGGAACUCCUGGGGACUCUCCUGCCUCAGCCUUCCAUCUCACCCCCGGAGGGCUGGGGUUGCAUCACUGCCCUAGCUGUCAUCUGGGUUCAAAGGGUCUGGACCCGGGUCCUCACCCUUGCUUGGCACGAGUCUUGCUCUCUGACUUUUGUCCUUAGCUGUGCGC